CGACCAUCAGUUAUUCUUCAAACGUCUACUUGUUGUGUCUUAUUUUCGUGUAUAGUGAGUGGUUUGUGCCGUGUCGGUCGCGGUUUUUAAUAUUUUUAUUUUAAAAUUUUUAUUUUUGUAUUUUGUUUUAGUGUUUUACUAUAUUUAGUGUAUAGCAUAGUACUUUUACAUGUGUAUUUGUUAACCGGGAAAUAAAUUCAAAUAUGAAAAAAGACAUAAAAAAAAGUUCGUACUACGUUUGGUUUCUCGGAGCUCAGGAAUGUAAGAAUGUGAGAGACGUAGAAAGCAUAAUUCCCGUGAUAUCGACUUUGGCGGAAAGGGAAAAGAAAGUGACACCAUAUAAGUUCACUCUCCAAGUAAGUCACAGGGGAUUAAAGAUCGUACACAAUGUUUCGGCAUUGAUUUCGUUGCCUGGCGGUAAGAGUUCGAAAAGUGACUUGGUCAAGCACCUAAUCCCCGAUCACGCGGUCACCUGCGUCCAUCAGGACGAGGACCUGGUGGCCGUCAUCCUACUCCUCUACAACCCCGUUACCAAGUGGCCCGUUCAUGUGCACGUCUAUCGUUGUGACACCGUAGAGACGGCGACUCUGCUUUCCACGCAAUUGCGAAUGCUGGUCGACCGACCGGAGAACAAGAAGAAACUCAAUGACAUCGAAUCGAGAUUGCAGACAAAAUCCGAAACGCACUGCAACGUUCGGAACGAUCGAAAAAAAGAGUCUCCGCCACAACCGCCGUUGUCGCCCGAGAGCGGGGUGCCGGGCCCAGGUCAUGUGACUACUCUGUAUGAUUCGUUGGCAGCCGAGUUGAAAAAAAAAUUGGGUACCGGAGGCAAGACCGGUGGCGUACCGAUUUUGUUGCCGCCCAGAGAUUAUGAUACCGUCCACAGACAUCGUGGAAAUCUAAACGGCAUCGACUUUAGACGGUGCAUGAGUGCUAACAUCGUCGGUGUCAACAGUACCGGCGCGAGACCGCAGCAAGAUUUUCGAAGAUCGGGUACGAAAAUGGGAUCGAGUGGCGGGUCUAGCGGGAUAGGAUCCGAUCACGCACCCAGUCCGGAACAAUAUGAACCGGAAAACGCGUAUGCGGAUAACAACUCGUCGUCAGAUGACGAUUGGAAUGCGAGUCCGUUAGAAGAACCAUUGUUUGCAAAACCUACCAAUGACCACCCGCUUCCCAGAAUCAGGAGACAAGACAGUGGUGUGGACAGUAGCAGUAGUCCAGUUACGUCACCGGAAAAAGACUAUUACAAUGGGAGACAAGAGCUACAGCACCAUAACAACGUUACAAAUUUUAAACGCCAAAACUUUGGUAAUAAUAACAACAAUAUUUCGCCAAAUCUAAGAGAAAAAUAUUCAGAUCGUAAUGUCGCGCUGGUCCAACCAAGACCGAGAAACUGUGAUGCGGCCAAGAACUCUGCGCAGACGCCCUUAACCGUACCAGAACACAGGAAAAAGCCUGUAGAAAUCAGACAGAGGACACCAUCACCAAAUCGUCCUACAGUCAGAGAAUCUCCGCGGGAGAGAUUCAAGGAUGCUAAAGAAAAGUUCCUUAUGUUGGAAAAAGAACGAAUUGACGAGCAACAAUCUGAAUUAAAGAAACGUCUUGAACGACAACGCAAAGAAAACGCAAUGCCCAUGAUCAGAGCAGCGGUCAGAGAAUCUUGUAAUUGGUCACGAAAUCACCAUUCAGACGACGAUGAAAUGGACAGGAAUCGGUAUGAUGACGAUGGUGAUUAUAACGACGACCAUUUUGGCCAUCAGAUGGUAAAAAAUUACAGAAGAACCAAUCAACCGAGAGAACGUCUAGAUACUGAUUACAAUAGUGGUUAUUCGAAGCCAAUUUCCAAUAGACAGUCUAGGAAGUAUCAGCACGAUCACGACGAAUCCAGAUUGGUGCCGAGGAGUUAUUCAGCCGAAGACUUCCCGCAAUCGGACCACAACUACCGGCCACCGCCACCGGACGACCGGCACAAAAACUCGCCACGCCGGGCCGCGAUACCGGAAGCACCUCGAGCCGCGCCCAGGCGUAAUCGUUACAACGACGUGUCGCCGCCACCGCCGGAACUGUCGUCGCGUGCGAACGAUUACAAACGACGGUCGGCCGCGUACGCUUACGAAGACGACGGUGGCUGUUGUCCGCCUACGAGUUACGGAGGCAGACCGCGCGGCGGUGAACCGGACAUCCGGGAGGCGGACGACGACGACGACGACGACGAUGACUGCGACGACGACGGUCUGCCGCCGACGGCGUCUGUCGGUCGAGAGUACAAGCGGCGAUCGGCGGUGUACGCUUACGAGGAACACCACCCGCACCACAACCAACACCCGAACAAGCACCAUCGUCAAAACCACCACCAACAGCAGCAUGACCUCGGCGGCAGCGGUUAUGGCGGCAGCAGACGCGAAGCAAUGUCGGACAAGCGGGCGGCGCAAGCGGCGGCGGAGGACAGCCCGUCGCCGAUUUCGCCCAGGUACAGGCACAGCUACGCGGAAGCGUAUCACAGGCAUCAGCACCAGCAGGCCCAGGCGCCGCAAGAAUCCGCGAUGUACCGUCACAACGGCUCAUUACAGUCGUCCGGUCGGAUUGGAAUCGCGGCGAUACACCCUUACUAAUGACACGAUUGUAUAGUAGCCAUCAUUUUUGUCGCGAACAUAUUAAUAAAUAUGCCGACGCGUAACCGAAUACAAUAAUACACACAAUAUAAUAUCGUAAUCGAUUGUAUAUAUUAUUAUAAUAUUAACCCACUGAGUGACUCGACGGUGUUAUUAUUAGU